AGCGUGAAAACAUCGGAAUCUCUCAGCGCGUCCCAAUCACGCUCGAGCCCGUGCCCGAGACAGUCAGCAAGCCAGUCAGUCACUCACUCAGUCAGACAAACCCGUUGCUCCACACGCCAACAUCUGCACGAGAUGUCCGAUCGCGUAUCGCGUGUUGGGUAGUCGCGUUUCGGGUGGUGGCGUUACAUUGCGUUUCCACGGGUCACUGGAUUGCUUUUCCAGCUCGUGAUUAGUUGCUAUUGACAGUUGUGGGUUAUUUGAGUGCGUCUGUGGUUAGGUGUUUGUUCUCCGCGUGGUCAAAAUGACACCCGCGUGUGGUGAUAGUGAAGCGUUUAAUCGGCCGCCAGUUUCCGGAUUGUAGAGCUCGGCGUAUGAGUGUGGCAUGUGUGUUUAUUGGUUUGAUAGGGAAAGAGCAGCGGAAUAGAGCCACCACCAUCAAUCGAAUUGGGUGGAGUUUGUGCCGGCUAAGAUACAAUUGUAAAACGCGCAGAUAAGACCACUUCUCCUGUUGGUGUGUGAAAGCGCCUCGUGAUAACCAGCUCCAGCGCACGAGACCCCGUGUGUGUUGUCUACUAAAGACCACGCAAAUAAGGAAGCGAUAAACGGUGAAACGGUUUAUGAGAAGUCAUCUCGUCAGUCGAGCGAUACCUAUUGUCUCUAUUGUUUGUGUGCGUGGUUGUGUUCGAAAGUAGGCGAAACAAGUGCUUUCUAGACCACUCAAUCUAAAACCCUCCAUCAUCACCAUGGACAUGACUAUGGCAUCGAAGAAUCACAGCCCCGCCAGCGCCGGCGAACACAUCAAGCGACCGAUGAACGCGUUCAUGGUGUGGUCCCGCGGUCAGCGCCGCAAGAUGGCACAGGACAAUCCGAAGAUGCACAAUUCGGAGAUUUCCAAAAAUCUCGGCGCCCAAUGGAAGCUGCUAACCGAGGGCGAAAAGCGACCCUUCAUCGAUGAAGCCAAGCGGUUAAGAGCCCUACACAUGAAGGAACAUCCCGACUACAAGUACCGGCCGCGAAGGAAACCCAAACCACUGGUAAAAUCGCCCACCCCAAACAGCGCCAACCACCCGAACGGUACCGGACCGUCCUCAGCGAAGGAACCCGCCCCCCAGUCACAGUCCCCGGUCGGCCGGACAUCCUUCAGCCCCACUCAGCUGACGACCCCGGUCGGUCUACCGCCCGGCAUCUUCCCGUCCUACCACUUCGCCUACGAUCUGCACCAGAAAGCGUUCUGGAACCUGUACGGACCCCACCUGCUGUCCACCGUCGUACCGUCCGCGUAUGCCGUGCCUCCCCAUGCCGCCCUGCCACUGUCCUACAUUAAGCCGCCGAAAGCGUCACCUCCCUCGCCGAUCGCACCACCGUCCCCGAUACAGUCCGGCAACAUUAUCUGACCUACGCCACUGCGCUACAGCGCCGAGCAUAAUGUUUAGGGAGCGUAGUGUUUGCAAUUCUCUCCAUCUCACGAUACAUAUCGGCAUUUCCGCAAGGUGGCGCAGCACCGUAGAGAGCCCUGUGUAUGAUAGUGUUAUGUCGUGUCCUUCGUAUAAAUGACUCCAAUUUCUCAGCGGUUCUUCAUGACAAGAAGGUAUAGCGAAUAGUGUCGCACGAAUUAAUUUUGCAAUAUUAUCAACAUAAAAGGUUUUUCAUGAAAAAACAAAAAGAUAUUUAUUACUCUAUCCAGCCUCAAUCCCUGUUUCCUUUCUUUUUAGUACACACUUUUCACUCACUUUCACACUCUCUAUCUCUCGCGCACAAUCAAAUCGUUGUCUAUCGCCUAAGACUUUCUUGAUGGUAGUGUUUAUUUUUAAAAGCUCGUAACAGGUAGUCUAAUUAAUUACAAUCAAUCAUAUCUCAUCGGGUGAGGCGAUCAUAUUGUAAAAAUGUAAUAAUCCCCUAUUGCUCCCGAGGAAGCGUUCUAACCGUGCGGGGAAAUUGCGGACUGCUCCACUGCGUUCGUUCUUCAAUCUAUGAAGACACUACACCUGGGGCGUAAUGUGUUAAUAUUUAGGAAGGCGAUAAAAAGGCCAUGUAAAAUGCUGUUUAUCUGUAUGUGUUUAGCGUAAAUAAGUGGAGACAAACAAUGGGUCAAACAAAUCUGUAGGAUGAUGAAAGGAGCAUUCAUUAUUGUUUUCAAGCAAUGGGAGUUCCCGCGCACUCCAGGUGGUGUACUAAAAGCAAAACAACACAAAACAAUGGCGAGAGUAAAUAGCAAAGAAGGGGGCAAAAUGACUAACGCAAACCAAAAUAAAACCACCUGGUUUGGGGGUUUCGAAAAGCCCUUCUAUUUCUACUUCUCCCUGUACGAUAAACGGUCGAGGGAGAGAGAGAGGGAGAAACAGAAACAGUUACGGCAUGAUAACGGAUUGUGUACAUUGUGAUAAGAAAGUAGUGUGAACCGAGCGUUGAAACCGAGCGUCCCGUGUUACAGAGCCAUAUCAGUACGAAGCGAGUGAAAGCAAAUACCGCACAACGGCACCAGGUUGACCGCAUUUCAAACACUCGACGAAGUUAGCAUUCUAUUCAGCGCUUCAGGCUUCUUUCUUACGGAGGAUUUCUGAGUUGUGUGCAAGGAGUAUUAGGUUGCUCAAUUUAUGUUAUAAGUGUACAGUGACAUGUAAGACACAUAAGCCCAGUGAAUUUCAGAUCAAGUCUUAAUACAUUUCCGGUCUCUUGAAUUUUCCCGCUAGUUUACAAAGAACACGGAGAAAAAAUUCGAGAGAAAAGGAAAUGUGUCAAAAUUAUAAAUCAAAAUUGUUACCUUAUUAUGAUUAGUUCAUGCAGAAGUCAUCGGUGUAUAUUUUAAGUAAGCAAUAGAGGGAAGAAAACAACAGCUCAAAACUACAAACAGAAAAACACACGUUUGUAAAGGGAAAACACGUUAGUCACACACGCACACACGUGGGGUCGCUCAGGGUCCCAUUUGGCAGAGGCUCUCUUUUUGUCAGUGUUUAGUGUUAUACACUAUCAAUAAAGACAGUUUUAAGUAAAUCGAAAA